AUGGCAGCCCGCUUGGUGCGACACUGCUGCUGGCGGCACUUCGGUGCCUUCGUCUCUGCUCCCUCGGCAGUCCCGGCUUCUCUGCUGGUGCCGGUUGGGAAAGUGGCGAUGGCGAGAGCUCUGCCUCAAGCGCCUUUCGCUUCGUUUCACGCUUCGAGCCCUUCCAGCUGGGCGGAUAGAUUCUCCGUCAAAGAGCAGGUGGAGGACAGCAGAAAUCCAGAGCACAGGGUGAUCGGGGAACUGAUUGAAACAGCCGCGAGUCCUCAGGAACUCUUCCAGUUGACUGAACUCCAUGCUCUUAAUAGCAAUCAAGCCUCGCUGAUAAUUACUCAACUUUCCCGGCUCGCAGCGGAAAAAAACCUGGAAACGGAGAGUAUUCUGCGAGAUGAACGUUUCCAACAGCUCAUCGGCAUCACGGAUUCCCAGAUUUCUCAGGUGUGGAAUAACACCUUGGUGAACCUCCUGAAGAGCCUCUACUCCCUGGGGAUGGACGGCAACAGGAGGGAGAUGCAGUCGGUGGAGCAGGAGGUGCUGUGGCGGCUGCGGCGCCUCACCUUCAGGCAGCUCGCCUCCCUGGCAGAGUUCUUGGCAAUCAAGCAGGGGAAGGAGAGCAAGCUGCUGUACGAAGUCAUCAAGAAGUUGGAGCUGCGUUGGACGGAGCUCGAGGGCACCCGAACCGUGGUGGCGCUGAUGGGCAAGGUCGGGCACGUCUCCCCAGGCAAGGUCGGGCACGUCUCCCCGGCUCUGAUGGACCGGCUGGAGGACAAGGCUCUGGAACUUGCUGAACUGUUCAACCCCGAUGACAUCCGGAAAAUAACGCUGGCUCUAGCCUACCAGAACCGGCGCUGCGUGCCCCUGCUCCGAGCCUUGUCCUACCAUCUGAUCCAGAAACACGCUGAGCUCAGCCUCAACGUCCUCCUGGACCUGAUUUUUGCCUAUGGAAAACUGAAUUUCCACCAGCCCCAGGUCUUCCAGAAGAUAGCCACUGACCUGCACUCCCAUGUUUCCACGGUGACGCCCGUUGAGGUGACGCGCUGCAUCAGGUCCUUCGCCCUCCUCAAGUGGCUCAGCCUGCCGCUGUUUGAGGCCAUUGCGCAGUAUGCCCUGGACAACACCAAGCAGCUGUCGGUCACCCAUCUGUGCAGUAUCAUCCUGUCUUUUGCUCGCCUGAACUUCCAGCCCAGUGGAAGCGAGGACUUCUACAACAUGGUCCACGAGGUGCUCCAGGGCCAGCUGGACAGCCUGGAGCCUCACCUGCUGAUGGACCUGGUGUGGUCACUCUGCGUGCUGCAGCAGGCCAAGGCUCCCUACCUCCAGCGAGUGCUGGCACCCGAUUUCUACGCUUGGCUCCGAG